CCAUCAUACGAUUUCACUUUCCCUUUCACUUUCACAGUGAACUUUACCGCCUACAUUACACUACUACCCCAUCAUCACGUGAAUCGAUAAGCUUCUACUCUCCCCCACUCUCUCCCGCACCAUCUCCAAAUCGACACUACCACAACUACUGCCAACUUCUCCAAUUUACGUGGGGAAAAUAUUACCAGGACUUUCUACAACUCCUACAACUCUUCACCUACGACUCACCUUUCAUCAAUCGAGAUUUGUUAGAGACAUCACUUUGCUCUCUACCUUUCCGAUAAGAAACUCUUCCCCUCCUACAUCACCAAACAACAACGGUGGUGUUCAAUUGGACAGCGAGGUAAUCACCUCUUCAAGCAAGAUUCCUCGCCAUAGAUCAGCAUAACUCAUCAUGACUGCUACGUCGACACCUUCCAGCGAGUCUGGGAUCGCGAAUAAGUUGCUCGAACAUGUCAUCAGGACACCCGGUCGGAUACCUUCUCCGCAGCCAGCUCACUUGAGCCUCAACAGCUCAAAUGGACACAGAGUCCUUCGCUCAGCGACCGUUGGAUACAUUGCACCUCCGUUUGAGGGCAAGGAGGCCCAGAUCAAUGAAGUCAAGAGAUUGAUCACUGAGGGCUCCUGGAUCCCCGCGGACCACAUCGAUGCCCAAGUCGAGUGGUUCUACAAGGACCUAGGCAUCGACGAUGUCUACUUCCAGACCGAGACACCCGAGGCCAUCAAGAGCCACAUCACCUCUCUCUACGCCGCCAAGGUCGCUGCAUCCGCUCGCGAAGAUAAGCGCCAGGAGAUCAGACUUGACAUGGAGGCCACCGACCAUGCCAUCUACAUCGACACCAGCGAGCCCGGUAUCAGCAACACCGGCGGCCCAAGGUAUGAGCAGAGACUCGAGGCCAAGUACCUCGAUGGCGGCGACAAGAACAGGAGAUUCAGAGUCGAGACUUUCCGCUCGCCCGCCAAGAUCCACCCAUCGUCCGCCGCGACGAUGCGCUGCUACUUCGUCUACCAGUGCCAGUUCGUCGACUCGAAUCCAGACCCGCUGGACACCAGGCUCCACGUCAUUGGUGACCGCGGCUUCUUGGCCAAGGCCACCAAGAACACCAUGCAAAUCUACCAGAACAUCAUUGAGAUGGCUGUUGCACGCACAGGUCCCGUUAUUGAGGCCUUCGACAUUGAGGCUUCCCAAGAGAAGCGCCUGGUUGUUGCCUUCCGCCAGCGCAGAGCCAUGGGGCUUUUCUGCGCCCUGAGUGAUCUGUACCAUUACUACGGUGUCACCAGCUCCAGGAAGUACGUCGAGCAGUUCUCCAACGGCAUUACUGUUAUCUCGAUCUACCUGAAGCCCACUGCCAGCGCCCUCGAGCCCGGCUCCAAGUACCCUCCCAUUGACACCUCGAUCCGCCACAUCGUUCGCGAGAUCUCUCUUCUGUACUGUAUCCCACAGAACAAGUUUCAGAACAUGUUCGCUGUUGGCCGUUUGAGCCUUCAGGAGACCAUCUACGGUCACUGCGUGUGGGUGUUCGUGCAGCACUUCCUCAACAGACUGGGAUCCGAGUACGCCUCGUUGGUUUCGGCUUUGGACUCCACGAACGGAGCCCACGCUGAGGUUCUAUCCAACAUCAAGCGCCGUCUCCGUACCGAGACUUUCACCGCUGCUUAUAUCCUGGAGAUUAUUGGACAAUACCCAGAUCUCGUCAGAUCUCUCUACUCGAGCUUCGCCGACACUCACUUCCACGCCGGCCUCGCGAAUGAGGAGUCCAUCCCCACUACCCCAGUCGAUGUUCUCGGCGACAAGGCCCUCGAGGACCUCAUUUCCAGGACUGUCAACAACGAGCACGAGCAGCUUGUCAUGGAUGCUUUCCGCACCUUCAACAAGUCCGUCCUGAAGACCAACUUCUUCACCCCCACCAAGGUCGCCCUGAGCUUCCGCAUGGACCCAUCGUUCUUACCAGCGAUUGAGUACCCGCAGCCAUUGUAUGGCAUGUUCCUCGUCAUCUCCUCCGAGGCUCGUGGCUUCCAUCUCCGCUUCCGCGACAUCUCCCGUGGCGGUAUCCGUAUCGUCAAGUCGAGGAAUCGCGAGGCGUUCGCCAUCAACGCGAGGAGAAUGUUCGACGAGAACUAUGGCCUGGCCAACACCCAGCAGAGGAAGAACAAGGAUAUCCCCGAGGGUGGAUCCAAGGGUGUCAUCCUUCUUGACCCCCAACAGCAGGACAAGGGUAGCGUGGCUUUCGAGAAGUACAUUGACUCGAUCAUGGAUCUUCUCCUGCCACCCGUCAGCCCAGGUAUCAAGGACCCCAUUGUCGACCUCUACGGCAAGCAGGAGAUCCUGUUCAUGGGCCCUGAUGAGAACACCGCUGAGCUGGUCGACUGGGCCACCGAGCACGCCCGCAAGCGUGGUGCCCCAUGGUGGAAGUCUUUCUUCACUGGCAAGAGCCCCAAGCUUGGUGGAAUUCCCCACGACCACUACGGUAUGACCACCCUCUCGGUCCGCGAGUACGUCACAGGUAUCUACCGCAAGUUGAACCUCGACCCCUCCACUGUCCGCAAGAUGCAGACCGGUGGCCCUGACGGCGAUCUCGGCUCCAACGAGAUCCUCCUCAGCAACGAGAAGUACACCUCCAUCGUCGACGGUGCCGGUGUCCUCGUAGACCCCAACGGAAUCAACCACGCCGAGCUCCUCCGCCUCGCCAAGAAGCGCGUCAUGAUCUCGGAGUUCGAUAUCACCAAGCUCUCCAAGGACGGCUAUCGCAUCCUUCUCGACGAGACCGAUGUCACCCUCCCCAGCGGCGAAGUCAUCCCCAACGGCAUGACUUUCCGCAACACCUUCCACCUCCGCCACACCGGCCUGACCGACAUCUUCGUCCCCUGCGGUGGCCGCCCCGAGUCCAUCGACCUCGUCAGCUGCAACAAGCUGAUCCAAGACGGCAAGUCCCUCAUCCCCUACAUCGUCGAGGGCGCCAACCUCUUCAUCGCCCAGGACGCCAAGCUCCGCCUCGAAGCGGCUGGCUGCAUCCUCUACAAGGACGCCUCCGCCAACAAGGGUGGUGUCACCUCCUCCUCCCUCGAGGUCCUCGCUUCCCUCUCCUUCGACGACGAGGGAUUCCUCAAGCACAUGUGCGUCGGUGCUGACGGCGAGGCGCCCGCUUUCUACAAGGCCUACGUCGCUGAGGUGCAGGAGGUCAUCAAGCGCAACGCGCGUCUCGAGUUCGAGGCCAUCUGGCGCGAGAACGCCGAGACUGGCGUGGCCCGCUCGGUUCUCAGUGAUACUCUCAGUAUCGCGAUUACCAAGCUUGAUGAGGAGUUGCAGAACACGGAGCUCUGGCACAACGAGCCUCUGCGCCGCUCGGUGCUCAAGGAUGCCCUGCCCAAGUUGCUGCUGGAUAAGAUUGGCCUCGAUGCGAUUAUUGAGCGCGUGCCCGAUAACUACUUGAGGUCUAUCUUUGGCAGCUACUUGGCCUCGAGAUUCGUUUAUGAGUUUGGUACUUCGACUAGCCAGUUUGCUUUCUUUGAUUUCAUGUCGAAGCGCUUGGCGAAGUUGGAGGCAUACUAAGCACCUCUCCAUGGGAUACUCCCAAUUAAUUAACUGUUUUUUGGGCAUUCACACACACAACACAAAAAAGGGAUUUUGGCGUCUGGCAAAGGGAAAGGAACGGAAAAACGUGACCCAUAUGAGGGUGGAUAGGAUGGCCAUUAAGGUCGGUUGGUAGACAAAACAUGAUUGUUACUCCUGGUAGCUUGGUUCCGUGCCGCCCAGGGUAUACAUCUGUCUUAAUAUAUUACUAUUAUUAUCAU